AUGGAUGCUCUGGCCAGCAGCCCCCUUGGGUGGCUCUGCGCAGGUGUCAUCGCGCUUUUUGGGGUGACGGCGCUCUGCAGGGCCGAGAGGAGCCCCAUGGACAAAGCAAAUGUGCUGGUCUGGAGCCUCCUGCCUGCCUUGCUGGGGCUGCUCUGCGUGGCCCUGCUGGGGGCUGCUGGGGGGCUGGUGGUUUUCUUGGCCACGUGCCUCAUCUCCUCCACGUACCUGGGCGGCCAAAUUCUGCUGCCCGUGGGUGACAAAGCCGUGCUCGUCACAGGAAGCGACACCGGGAUUGGACACGCACUGGCUAAAUACCUGGAUAGCUUAGGUUUUGUUGUGUUUGCUGGGGUUUUGGAUAAGGACGGACCUGGAGCUGAGGAACUGCGACGGAGCUGCUCUGGGAGACUCUCUCUCCUGCAGCUGGAUGUAACCAAUGCCACUCAAGUCAAGGAAGCCUACCUGAAAGUCUCAGAGAAGGUGCAAAGUACAGGACUCUGGGGUGUUGUGAACAAUGCAGGCAUCCUGGGCUUCCCUGCUGAUGGUGAGCUGCUCCCCAUGAGCAACUACAGGCAGUGCAUGGAGGUGAAUUUCUUUGGGGCUGUGGAAUUGUCCAAGACCUUCUUACCGUUACUUCGGAAGUCACAGGGGAGGCUGGUUAACAUGUCCAGCAUGGCAGGAGGCAUUCCACUACCGAGGUAUGCUGCGUACGGCGCAUCAAAAGCAGCUCUGUCCAUGUUUUCUGGAGUAAUGAGGCAAGAGCUUUCCAAAUGGGGAAUUAAAGUUGCUGCAAUUCAUCCGUCGGGCUUCAGAACAGGUAUACAAGGCACAUCCGACCUGUGGGAUAAGCAGGAGAAGGAGCUGAUGGAGAACCUCCCAGCAGACACCAGGCAGGCCUAUGGUGAGGACUAUCUCCAGGGGCUGAGGAGCUACCUCCUCCACAUGCCUGCCUGCUGUGACCCCGACCUGUCCCCUGUGCUGGGUGAUGUCCUGCACGCUCUGCUGGCCAGGAGACCCCACGGGCUGUACACCCCUGGCAAAGGGGCUUACCUGCUCCUCUGCAUCUUCUGCUGCUUCCCUCUCUGGUGCUAUGACUUCUUCAUUAGCAAGAUGCUGAGUGCUGAGCCUGUUCCAAGGGAGCAGAGAACAUCAGAAGAUGAGAGCAAAAACCUCUAA